GAUUCCUUAGUGUGAAAUAAUUAAAACAAUCGGAAUAGAGAUAAUCUGGUAAGAGCGAUACGAGCUGUUGUUGCGUCGUUCAAGCAGUUUCGCCGCGAGAGCUAUUCAGUGAGCUUCUAGUAUCAUGCAGUGCUGCGUGUUAUAAUUGACAUUUGUAAAUUGUCUUACAAUGGUGCUGUGUCCACCGUUCAGAUUAGGCUCUCGAGCAAGGUACAAGUUCACCGUACCCGCUGCCGACAAUGGACCCCGUGCCACCAUCUAUAACCUUGCACAUGAUUUACGCCCAAACCCGGUGGUUGAAGAAAAUGAAGAUGAAGAAAAACCUAGUAGUGAAGGGACGAGUAACGGAAUGCGACCCAGUAGUGAAUCUGAUACUGAUUAUCCCGGGGAUGUCCCUCCUAAAACUAGUGUUGGGCGUAAAACUAUUUCGGAGAUAGUGCGGGCGAACCCAGCGAAGCGCCGUGGUCGACGUAAGAGCGGUGUGAUCGCCCCUCACGUGCCAGCUGACGCCACACGACUUACAGACGCACAGUUGCAGUAUGAUAAAUUUAAAAAAGAUGAAAAAUCAGCUGAACAAAUAAGAAAGGCAGUUAUGGCCAAUGAUUUCUUAAGAAAUUUAAUGGAUGAUGACCGACUAGCAGCUGUGGUAGAAGCUAUGAAUCCUCAAGAGUUCCCUGCGGGAAGCCUCAUUAUCAGAGAAGGGGAAAGUGGGAGCCAUCUCUUCGUUUCAGCAAGCGGGCAAUUUGAAGCACUCAAAGGAGGUCAAGUUGUAAAAACAUUUGGCCAAGGAGAGGCGUUUGGUGAACUUGCAAUUCUUUACAAAGCUAAACGUUUCGCAUCAAUACGAUGUAUAACAGAAGCAAAAGUGUGGAUGUUAGAGCGACGUGUUUUCCAAAAGAUCAUGGUCCGCAGUGGCCGACAGGAGCAAGAGGACAACAUACGGUUUCUAUCAUCGGUACCGUUGCUUCAGGGUAUUCAUCCUCUCGAGCUUGGGAAAAUGUCAGAGUUCCUCAAAAGGGAGUUCUUUGCGGCUGGUACACCAGUUGUACGGCAGGGUGAGCGAGGUGAUAAAUUUUACAUAAUUCGCGGUGGCACGGUGGCCGUGACAAAGCGGGAAGGUGACAGUGGUGCCCAGCUAGUGGGGACACUCGGCCGCGGGCAAUACUUCGGCGAGCAGGCGCUGUUACACGAGGCUCUGAGGCUGGCGACCGUCACCGCACAACCACCUGGAGUCGAAUGUCUUACACUGGAGCGAGGACCUUUCUCGGAAUUUAUUGGAAAUAUACCAGAAUUGAAACGCAUUUCAUAUGCAACUCCACGAUCAGACAUCAUAGAUAGCAGAGUAUCUGUGGUCAAAAGUGAAUUUGAAUACGUGAAGUUGAAAGACUUGGAAAUCGUGGGUACCUUGGGUGUGGGAGGGUUCGGCCGUGUCGAGCUUGUGCAGUACAAACCAAAUCAGAAGCUGACAUUCGCAUUGAAAUGUCUCAAGAAGGUCGACAUGGUGCAGCAACAACAACAAGAACAUGCUUACAAUGAGAAGGAUAUCAUGAUGUCCUGCAAUAAUUCCUUCAUUUGCAGAUUGUAUCGUACUUUUAAAGACUCAAAAUACAUAUAUUUCCUUAUGGAGCCAGUGAUGGGUGGUGACGUGUGGACUAUUCUUCAGAAACAACGCUACUUCCCUGAGAACGUGUCCCGAUUUAUGAUGGCGUGCGUAGUUGAAGCUUUUCAAUAUCUGCACUCAAAAAAUAUUAUCUAUAGAGAUCUCAAACCGGAGAAUUUGAUGCUCGACAAACAAGGAUACAUUAAACUGGUUGACUUCGGCUUUGCUAAACGGAUAUCUCCGAACAGCAAAACAUGGACAUUCGCUGGUACACCAGAAUACGUAGCUCCUGAAAUUGUUUUAAAUAAGGGUCAUGACCGGGCUGUGGAUUGUUGGGCAUUAGGGGUGCUUGUCCAUGAACUGCUAGUUGGUAAACCUCCGUUCCGAGCUCCAGGAGGUGAUCAUAUGAAGACUUACACGCUAAUCCUGCGCGGUAUCGAAGCAGUAACAUUCCACCAACGAGUUCCGAAGUCUGCUCAGAUGCUCAUCCGCAAACUGUGUCGCGCUGUGCCCGCUGAACGACUCGGAUACCUCAAAAACGGAAUAGCUGACAUUAAGAGUCACAAAUGGUUCUUGGGCUUCGAUUGGGAGGGACUCGUGGAACGCCGUCUCAAAGCUCCUCUAGUGCCUCACGUUGCCAAUGAUUUGGACCGCAGGAACUUUGAGGAGUAUCCCAAGGACACGAUGCCGCCUGACGAGACAUCCGGAUGGGAUUUGGAUUUCUGACUCUGAACAAAUAAAUUAUGUAUUAUGUUACUGCAGUGCCUUAACUUUGUAACUAGGUGCAAUAUUUUAAUAGAUUUUAAUUAUAUUUCACAUUUUAAUUAUUAUCACAGUA